GAGAGAGAGAGAGAGAGAGAGAGAGAGAGAAAAGAAGGCAUUUUUGGAGAAUCAUGGGAAAGGAGACCCCUUUUCGAUCCUAGCACACCUAUAUAAAAUCUGGAAAAAUAUCAAGUACACUCCAAGCUCUUGUACUUUCUCUCUCUUCGCGAGACUCCAGAUUCGUUACUCACUACACAUGAAUUGCCUUCAGAGUCUCCCCAGAUCCUCUGCUUUGCCUCAGAGCUUCAAAAACCAUCCGAGAAAGCCUUCGUGCUAUGUCAAUACACUGAAUUUGGUAAAUGCUACUGAUCGGAGUCAGAGACUUACCAUGACGGCAGUAUCUGGUUCUACAUCCAGUACUGAUAUGGAUGGUGCCAAAGUAAAGGAGGAAAAAUCGGAAAUAUACAGUCAUGACAUGACUCAAGCUAUGGGUGCUGUCUUGACCUAUAGGCAUGAACUUGGAAUGAACUACAACUUCAUUCGUUCAGACUUGAUUGUUGGAUCAUGUCUGCAGACUCCUGGGGAUGUCGACAAACUUCGCAGUGUUGGGGUGAAAACUAUUUUUUGCUUGCAACAAGAUUCAGAUCUUGAAUAUUUUGGGGUCGAUAUCAGUGCCAUUCGUGAGUAUGCAAAUACAUGUGAUGACAUUGAGCAUUUGCGUGCUGAAAUUAGGGAUUUUGAUGCAUUCGAUUUGCGGAUGCGGCUUCCAGCUGUGGUGAGCAAAUUACACAAGGCCAUUAAUCGAAAUGGGGGUGUAACUUAUGUACAUUGCACGGCUGGACUAGGUAGAGCUCCGGCAGCUGCGUUGGCAUAUAUGUUCUGGGUUCAAGGCUACAAGCUUAGUGAAGCCCAGAGGUUAAUUCUGAGCAAGCGUCCGAGCUUCCCAAAACUGGAUGCCAUAAAAAGUGCAACUGCUGACAUUCUUACAGGCCUCCAAAAGAAGCUUGUCACGUUAACAUGGUCUGGUGAGAAUUGUUCUACAGUGGAGAUCUCUGGACUUGAUAUUGGAUGGGGUCAGAGAAUACCUUUGAAGUUUGACGAGGAACAAGGUUUGUGGAUUGUCCGUAGGGAAUUGCCGGAAGGAUGCUACGAGUACAAGUAUGUUGUCGAUGGGGAGUGGAUCUGCAAUAAGCAUGAGCUUGUAACUCCUCCCAACAAAGACGGCCAUGUCAACAACUAUGUUCAAAUUAUCAGUGAUAGUCCAAAUACAAUUGAGGCAGGAGUUCGGAGGAGGUUGACCGGUGAUGACCCCGAUCUUACGAAGAAUGACCGACUCGUGAUCAGGCAGUUUCUUGAGGCAUUUCCAGAUGAGGAGUGAAUUGAAAAUGCAAUGAGACUGAUUUGCAUUUAAAAAUGUAAGUAUCCUCCUAAUAAAAACUUGUAUGAUGUUAUCGAAAUAUAGCAUCCUCAUUUUUAGCUUGCCUUCUUGGUAGAUAAUUUUCCACCUUUAGGGUUAGGAAUUUUGUGCAGAAUCAAGUCUCAAACAAAUGUAAUAGUCUGUCUACACACAGUAGAGCCAGGAGUUCACGAACUUUUCAUUUUGAACUUAGUCUUAAUGGGUUUGUGAUAUAAUCAAACUAGGGAUAACCCAUGUCUGAAGGCAUGGUGCAAUGUGAAUGAUUUUAAGAGGGAUGUUGGUGGUCGUUGGAUGAGUCUAUUUGAGACUGUCGGAUAGACUUAUUGAAGUUUGUCAUGUUUUAUAUUAUAGAUUAUAGAU